CAAUUUUCUUAAGGAAACCGGUAGAAAGUUUGGAUAUUUCUCCUUCUUUUCUUGUUCUAAAACUGAAAUUGAACGCAGAAAUCUUUCCCCCUUGUAGAAAAAUCCCGGUUCUGCUCUGUUGUGUUUCUUCCAUCUGCUGCUCCUGCUUUGUUGGGGCGAAUUGGUCUGGUUUCUGAUCCGUGAGUUUCCCCUGCAGAUCCCAUCGGCUUCCCCAACCCACCAGCUCCAAUUUUGCUUGCUGGAAGAAUUGUGGUCUAAAGAUAUUAGAACUCAAGUUUAUAGCUUAAAUUUAUUACUUACUGGGCUGUGAGCUCAUAAAAUCCCCCCCAUUUUAAAUCAGUAGAUCGAGGACUAAGAGUGCCAAGGGAGGUGUGUUAUAUUUACUGUGCUCGCUAGUGAGAGGUUUAUAAACGUUAGGACAUGUCGACAUGUUUACUGAUAGGACCGAUUCAUUUUGUAAUCCUGUCAAUGGGAUAAUACAAUGGUUAUUACUGAAAUCCUGCCAAUGGGAUAAAACAUUGGUUACUAUUGUGCCUACUAGUGGGAGAUUUAUAAACGCCGGCCAUGACUUAUAAAUGAGACUACUAUUGAAUUUUCUUCUGCAUUAACAGUUUGUCAUUGAACGCUUUGUUAUUGAACUGAAUCUGAUUUUGUAUUAAUGGUUUAUCAUUGAACAUUUUGUUAUGUUAAAUUAUUUAUCAGGCAUGCUAAAAAAUUUUACCCAAGGGCUAUCCGUAUUUACUUACCGAGUUAUCUCAUAGUUUUUCCUUGUCCACCAUUUCAGGAAGCGAAGUCAAGGACCGGGAAAAACGAGAAGAGUGACGAGUUAAAAGGCUAGCCAUCUUGUAAAUUGAACAUAGAUUUUAGAUAUAAAUCGUGAUCUUGUAA